AUGUCAAAGUGGAAACCUGUUAACGUGGACCCUAAUGAAGCUGAUGACUUUGACCUGGAACCAGAUUUAAUUGAACCAGAUGAUGCCACAACACCAAUAAAUAAAGCCAGCUCAAAACAACAAUAUUCAUCAUCAAAUCAACCUCAACAGAAUCAAGCCCAGGGCUCUUCAUCUCAGGCUAAUCAAAGCUCUUUUUUCAACUUCACAACUUUCACAAAACCAAACAUUGACUUGUCAAACUCCUUGAACCCUAUUUUAAAUAAUGAACAAGUUAAAGAACGUCAAUUCUCUGGUGGUGAUACUUUAGAUGAACCAGUUUGGCAAACUUUACAAAGAGAUCUCUCUGCUAUUGGUCUUCGUUUAUUCAGUGUCAUUUGGCCUGCAUCAUUGUCAAAAUUGGCUAAAGUUCAACAACACAACUUAAUAAUUGCUGCUAGAAACUCAGGGAUUAAUAUUGGGAUAAAUUAUGAUCAAAUUGAACAAGAUAUUGAACAAGACCUACAAAAUCAGCCUAUUGAUGACUCUAACCUGAAAAAAUUAGACUGGGAUCUAUGGGGUCCUUUGAUUUUCAUUUUGAUUUUCUCUUUGAUAUUAGGUUAUUUGUCACCAAAAACAAAUAGUUCUGAAGUUUUCUCAAGUGUGUUUGCUUUAGUCUGGUUGACUUUUGCAGUUGUUGCUAUAAAUAUUCAACUAUUAGGGGGUACAAUCUCCUUUUUCAGUGCUUUGUCCACUCAAGGUUACGCUUUGUUCCCAUUGGUUUUAUCUGCCACUAUUUCAAUAUUUAUCAAAUGGAGUUUCAUUAGAUUUAUAAUUUAUGUUUUAUUCGUUGCUUGGGCUAUAUAUGCUGCAACAAUCAAUCUUAAGGUCAGUGGUGUUUUACCUGGGAGGGUCUUCUUAGCAAUUUAUCCUGUUGGUUUAGUUUAUGCAACAUUGGGCUGGUUAUGUGUGAUUACAUGA